AUCUCGGUUCGCGAGGAACGUCAAACACCAACGUCACGCUCGGCCCAUGCGCGGUACCUACAUCUCCCCACCCCGCCCUCCAUUCGCUUCCGCAAUAGCUUCUCCGGCGCAUGCUCUCUAGGCCACUGGCGCUCCUGCGCAGGCGUGCCGUCUGCGCCCGGCCCCUUGCGCAGGCGCAGUGUCUGAACGUUAGACCCCGGCGCAGGCGUACUGGUCUCGCUUCCAUCCUGCUUCCUCAGCCCAGGAGUUUGGCCCGGCCUGGGUGGGCCUCGGCAGCGGCGGCACCGGCGACGGCACCAGGGACAGGGACUGCGUGAGUCCCGGACGGAAAUGGCGAUGUCAGACAGUGGGGCGAGCCGCCUCCGGCGGCAGCUGGAGUCGGGCGGCUUCGAGGCGCGGCUGUACGUGAAGCAGCUCUCUCAGCAGUCGGACGGGGACCGUGACCUGCAGGAGCACCGGCAGCGCAUCCAGGCGCUGGCGGAGGAGACGGCGCAGAACCUGAAGCGCAACGUCUACCAGAACUACCGGCAGUUCAUAGAGACGGCCCGGGAGAUCUCCUACCUGGAGAGCGAGAUGUAUCAGCUCAGCCACCUGCUGACGGAGCAGAAGAGCAGCCUGGAGAGCAUCCCGCUUACCCUGCUGCCGGCUGCCGCCGCCGCCGCGGGGGCUGCCGCCGCCUCCGGAAGGGAGGAGGGGGGAGGAGGCGCCGGGGGCCGCGACCACCUCCGGGGCCAGGCUGGCUUUUUCCCCAGCCCCGGGGGCCCUUCCCGCGACAGUUCCGGGCCAGGCGAGGAAGGAAAGCAGCGCACUCUCACCACCCUGCUUGAGAAGGUGGAAGGCUGCAGGCACCUGCUGGAGACGCCGGGACAGUACCUGGUGUACAACGGGGACCUGGUGGAAUACGAGGCGGACCACAUGGCCCAGCUGCAGCGGGUGCACGGCUUUCUCAUGAACGACUGUUUGCUGGUGGCCACCUGGCUGCCACAGCGGCGGGGGAUGUAUCGCUACAACGCCCUCUAUCCCCUGGAUGGUUUGGCCGUGGUCAACGUCAAGGACAACCCGCCCAUGAAGGACAUGUUUAAGCUGCUGAUGUUUCCCGAGAGCCGUAUUUUUCAGGCGGAAAACGCAAAAAUCAAACGAGAGUGGCUGGAAGUGCUGGAGGAGACCAAGAGGGCCCUCAGUGAAAAAAGACGCAGGGAACAGGAGGAGGCAGCGGCCCCUCGAGGGCCACCCCAAGUGACUUCCAAGGCCAGCAACCCAUUUGAGGAUGAAGACGACGACGAACCAGCUGUUCCCGAGGUAGAGGAAGAGAAGGUGGACCUCUCAAUGGAAUGGAUCCAGGAAUUGCCUGAAGACCUGGAUGUCUGUAUUGCCCAGAGGGACUUUGAAGGGGCCGUUGACCUGCUGGAUAAACUGAACCGUUACCUAGAAGAUAAGCCCAGCCCACCUCCUGUAAAAGAACUAAGGGCCAGAGUGGAUGAGCGUGUCCGCCAGCUCACGGAGGUGCUAGUGUUUGAACUCUCCCCGGAUCGGUCCCUGAGAGGUGGUCCCAAGGCUACUCGCAGGGCGGUUUCUCAGUUAAUCCGGCUUGGCCAGUGCACGAAGGCUUGUGAGCUGUUUCUGAGAAACAGGGCAGCAGCUGUGCAUACUGCGAUACGGCAGCUUCGCAUUGAAGGUGCCACCUUGCUCUACAUUCAUAAGCUGUGCCACGUCUUCUUUACCAGCCUUCUGGAGACUGCCAGGGAAUUUGAGACGGACUUUGCGGGCACUGACAGUGGCUGCUACUCUGCCUUUGUGGUCUGGGCGAGGUCAGCCAUGGGCAUGUUUGUGGAUGCUUUUAGCAAGCAGGUGUUCGAUAGUAAGGAGAGCCUCUCCACAGCGGCUGAGUGUGUAAAAGUGGCGAAGGAGCACUGUCAGCAACUGGGCGACAUCGGACUAGACCUCACCUUCAUCAUCCACGCCCUUCUGGUGAAAGACAUCCAAGGGGCCUUGCACAGCUACAAAGAAAUCAUCAUUGAAGCCACUAAGCAUCGCAACUCUGAGGAGAUGUGGAGGAGGAUGAACUUGAUGACUCCAGAGGCCCUGGGGAAACUCAAAGAGGAGAUGAAGAGUUGUGGGGUGAGCAGCUUUGAGCAGUACACGGGGGAUGACUGCUGGGUUAACCUGAGUUACACGGUGGUUGCUUUCACCAAACAGACCAUGGGCUUCUUGGAAGAGGCCCUGAAGCUGUAUUUCCCGGAGCUGCACAUGGUGCUUUUGGAGAGCCUGGUGGAAAUCAUUUUGGUUGCUGUUCAGCACGUGGAUUACAGUCUUCGGUGUGAGCAAGAUCCAGAGAAGAAGGCUUUUAUCAGACAGAAUGCAUCCUUUCUGUAUGAAACAGUCCUCCCCGUGGUGGAGAAGCGGUUUGAGGAGGGUGUGGGGAAACCCGCCAAGCAACUCCAGGACCUGAGAAAUGCAUCGAGACUGGUUCGUGUGAAUCCCGAAAGCACAACGUCAGUGGUCUGAUGCCUGCAUCUGUUUAUGUGUAUCCGUAUAUACUGCUUAUAUAUUAUUUAUAUUUAUAUUAAGUUGCAUUAGUAUAUUCUUUACAGUCUCAAACACAUCUUAAAAAUAAAAAAUGCCCUCUCAGAUAGAAGUGCGAAAUCAAAAGGAGAAAGAGAAAAAAAUGUUAAAUUAAGCUCAUAUAACGAAAACAUUGGAAUUAUUAAAAUAUAUAAUAUGCUUUCCUUUUAAAUUAUGCUAACUCUCUAAUGAAUAUAUCAUCACACUCUAGCAUUUCAGCUUAUCCUUUGACUCACAACACACUUUCUCCCAGUAUAGAUUGUGCAGCUCAGAUAAACAGCAUCUGUAAAUACAGAGUGUAAGUAGGUUGUGAAAGUCUCCCAGUUCACUAAAAUGUUAGGUUUUUUUAAGGGCACGGUGCCAGACAAAACAUGCUGUUCCAUAUACUUCCGCACUUGAAAAUGUGUUUGAACAAUGUGGGGAAAAGAAAGGAGUUGAGAAGAUUGGUUUUAGGGUAAACUUUGGUCAAAAGAAUAUCUUCACAGAUGUAGCUGGUGUGCGGACUUGAAUAUGCCUGUCCUUACAGAGCACAAGAGGAAGCUGUCGUAAACACAGUUCAGCAAGCGUUUCUAGAGUGAUCUAAAUGGUUUAUUAUUUUUAGCUGCUAAUAACAGCUUGAUAACACUUGAUUUGGGAGCAUUUACUUGAAAGUUUUAAGAAUUAUGAUUUUUUUUUUCAUACUUCUGAGUUCUCUGAAGUUCCAGCUGGAGUUUUUGUCUUUAUCUCAAUAAAUAAAUAAAUAAAUAAAGAUAACAAGACACAUUGAGGAACCUGGCAGCAGCUGUGCUCCCCUGCUUUCAGUGUGGGUUCCACAUAGUGGCUCAGACUUCACGCAGCUGGGAGAAAAGUUUUCAUUGCAAUAUUUAUUUAGAUUUCAGGGUCUGUGUGGAUGGGAAAUUAGGGAAUAUAUGCAGACCCCAUGGUGUUCUCAAGGAUGACUGCCUUGAGCAGAGAUUUGUUUUUGUUAUUUUGUGGCUAAGUGGAGAACAGAAAAGAGACAAUGUCCCCAAAGCCAGGAGGGGAAAACCUUUUGGUGACUCCUCCUGAGAAGCCCCAGGCUGCAUUUUUCUUGUUUUAUUUUUUUUAUUUUGUUUUUCAUACUGAAUGUAAUGCUUACUUCAGAUUGUUUAGUAAACAAAAAUAACUAAAGAAAUUUGAGCUUCUGAAGGUUUCUGAAGUAUUGCACCUAUUGUAUAUUGAUUCCUUUCUCAUACUUGGAGAGAAACUGCAAAGACCCAUUUUUCCCCUACCUUCUAGUUGUGAUUCUUGUCCAUAAGUGUCAUUUCUGAUGCCAGUGACUUCAAAAGGUCGUUUUUUAAUCUGAAUGAAAAUAGUGGUAUUAAGACUGUGGAAAUUAUGUAAAACCUAAAACAGCUUCUAAUAGCAGCUUAGGGUUGUAAAGCUCUUUGACUUAAUUACUCAUAGGCCAGAUGAACCUCUUAUUUUAUAUUUAGCUAUGCAUAUUUAAAAGGUUGAAAAUGAUCAGAGUUAAAGAUUUUCUUUGACUAAGUUUUUUCAUGUAACUUUAGCAUUUGCUAGGUAAUAACCAUAACUGGAUAUCUCAGUUGAACAAAAACAGUUAUAAUCUGCCUUUUAUUUUUUAAGAUCACUGGUAACUUGAAUUUGAUAAACAUUUUAUGGUUAUUUUGUGCCACUUAAAGUUUCUAAAAUUAUAUUGUAUGAAACACGUAUUGUGUAAAUAUUUGAUGCUGGAUCCAUGAAAUGAUACUUCUGAAAUCAAAACUUCUCUUACGGCAUGAAGUUGUAAAAACCUCAGUGUGUAUACUCAGAUAUUUAAAUGGUUGCCUGUUCAUAGAACUGUCUGCUUUUUAAAACUGGAAAUACAGAAUUUUCUUCUGUUAAAAGUUGUGUGUUCCUUAAUCACAGUUGUAGGUGGAGGAAAUAAGCAGUUGGUGAAUCAGUUAGUGUGGGAAGUUGAUUAAAGACCAUCAAUGUUGCAACGUGCCUUUGUGCCAAGACAGAGCAAUUUCGCUGCAUUUCCUCCAAGUGGGGUCAGAGCUCUUCUCUCUAGUUCUUGUUUAAUUAGAUGCCAAAACAAGGUCUGAAAAUUGAACGCAGUUAGAGAUUGCCCCAAAAUAUAGCACAUACUGUAUUAUACCACUGAAGUGUUGGAUCACCUUUUCUUAAUUGCUUUGAACAUAACACUGUCACUUGAGCUUGAAAUCAGGCUUGCUUGAAUUAAUUACUGUUGAAAAAAGAUGCCCUGUGGAAUUGUCUCUUUUUGAUUAAAGCUUCAUUUCACUUAUGUGCUGAAAACUCACUUAUUUU